GCCGAUUCACGUCUUCCCCCACGUUCGGUCGGCUGCUGUCAAUCGUCAGAAACCAACCAUCAUUAGUGAAAAAGCUACGUCAUUGCAAAGCACAAUUCAACGUUCGUCAGCCGUUUUCAGUUACUUACAGUAGUAAAUUCGUGGUUUUGAUCGCAUCCAGUUUUCGGAUAGUAUUUGCUCGAUAGUAAGUCUACCCAGCGGUAUAGCAACAAUGGCCGACGUACAAAACCCAGACGAUUUGGCGACCGCGAUUCUUCGCAAGAAGGACCGCCCAAACAGGCUCAUAGUGGAAGAAGCUGUCAAUGAUGACAACUCCGUAGUGGCCCUAUCUCAGUCCAAAAUGGAUGAGCUCCAGCUGUUUAGGGGUGACACUGUUUUGCUCAAAGGCAAGAGGCGUAAAGAGACCGUCUGUAUAGUGCUCUCGGAUGAUUCGUGUAGCGAUGAAAAGAUCAGAAUGAACAGAAUUGUGAGGAACAACCUGCGAGUCAGAUUGUCAGAUGUGGUCUCCAUCCAACCAUGUCCUGACGUUAAAUAUGGCAAAAGAAUACAUGUGCUUCCUGUGGACGACACCGUGGAGGGGCUCACUGGUAACUUGUUCGAGGUCUACUUGAAACCGUAUUUCCUCGAGGCCUACCGCCCCAUCCACAAGGACGAUGUUUUCAUUGUGCGUGGCGGCAUGCGCGCCGUCGAGUUUAAAGUGGUUGAGACCGACCCCGCCCCCUAUUGCAUAGUCGCUCCCGACACAGUCAUCCACUGCGACGGCGACCCCAUCAAGCGCGAGGAGGAGGAGGAGGCGCUGAACGCCGUCGGGUACGACGACAUCGGCGGAUGCAGAAAGCAGCUCGCGCAGAUCAAGGAGAUGGUCGAGCUGCCGCUCCGCCACCCGUCUCUCUUUAAGGCGAUCGGCGUGAAACCGCCGAGAGGUAUCCUGCUAUACGGGCCACCCGGCACCGGAAAGACUCUCAUAGCGAGGGCCGUCGCUAACGAAACGGGCGCCUUUUUCUUCCUCAUCAACGGGCCGGAGAUAAUGAGCAAACUCGCCGGCGAAUCGGAGAGCAAUCUGCGCAAAGCGUUUGAGGAGGCGGACAAGAACUCGCCCGCGAUUAUAUUCAUCGACGAACUAGACGCCAUCGCGCCCAAAAGGGAGAAAACGCAUGGCGAGGUCGAGAGGAGAAUCGUGUCCCAGCUGCUGACGCUUAUGGACGGUAUGAAAAAGAGCUCGCAUGUCAUCGUGAUGGCCGCGACGAACAGACCGAAUUCGAUCGACCCCGCGUUGCGCCGCUUCGGUCGUUUCGAUCGCGAGAUAGAUAUCGGUAUCCCGGACGCCACUGGACGUCUUGAGAUACUCCGUAUCCAUACGAAGAAUAUGAAACUGGCCGAUGACGUGGACCUGGAGCAGAUAGCGGCUGAAACUCACGGCCACGUUGGUGCCGACUUGGCCUCGCUCUGUUCGGAGGCCGCUCUGCAGCAGAUUCGUGAAAAGAUGGAUCUUAUCGAUCUGGAAGACGACCAGAUCGACGCUGAGGUGCUGAACAGCCUCGCGGUCACCAUGGAGAACUUCCGCUACGCGAUGACCAAGAGCAGUCCGAGCGCUCUGCGCGAAACCGUCGUCGAGGUGCCGAACGUCACUUGGGAAGACAUCGGCGGCCUGCAGAAUGUCAAAAAGGAGCUGCAGGAGUUGGUGCAGUACCCGGUCGAGCAUCCUGACAAGUUCCUCAAGUUUGGAAUGCAGCCGUCCAGGGGCGUGCUGUUUUAUGGUCCGCCAGGUUGCGGCAAGACUCUGUUGGCGAAGGCGAUCGCGAACGAGUGCCAGGCGAAUUUCAUAUCCGUCAAAGGACCGGAACUGCUAACCAUGUGGUUUGGCGAAUCCGAGGCGAAUGUUCGAGACAUAUUCGAUAAGGCUCGCUCGGCCGCUCCGUGCGUUCUCUUCUUCGACGAGCUCGAUUCGAUCGCGAAAUCGAGGGGAGGCAACGUGGGGGACGCGGGCGGAGCCGCUGACCGUGUCAUCAAUCAGAUCUUGACCGAGAUGGACGGCAUGGGCGCGAAGAAAAACGUGUUCAUUAUCGGGGCAACAAACCGUCCGGACAUCAUCGAUCCCGCUAUUUUGCGUCCCGGGCGCCUCGACCAACUGAUUUAUAUCCCGUUGCCCGACGAGAAGUCGCGCGAGCAGAUCUUCAGGGCUAAUCUGCGCAAGUCCCCCGUCGCCAAGGACGUCGAGCUCACUUACAUCGCGAAGGUCACGCACGGUUUCUCCGGCGCGGACCUCACCGAGAUAUGCCAGAGGGCGUGCAAGCUCGCCAUCAGGCAGUCGAUCGAGGCGGAGAUCAGACGCGAGAGGGAGCGCGCUGCGAAUCCGAACGCUGCCAUGGACCUCGACGAGGACGACCCAGUGCCCGAGAUAACACGCGCCCACUUCGAGGAGGCGAUGCGUUUCGCCCGUAGGUCGGUCUCGGACAACGACAUCCGCAAAUACGAGAUGUUCGCGCAGACGCUGCAGCAGUCGCGCGGUUUCGGCACCAACUUCCGGUUUCCAUCGGCGGCUGGGGGAGCGGGGGCCCCUGCCGGCGGUCAACCGCAGCCAGCCGCGGGCGCUGCUCCCGGCGACCAGGCCAUAUUCGACGACGGUGCCGACGACGACUUGUACAGUUAAAAGGGGCGGGGGCCCUGAUGAGUUGUCUUGGCGAGUAAGCGGGGCGAGAUGUUUUAUACACACACACACGCGCGCGCGCAUAUUAUAUAUUUAUUUCAAUCGUGGCCGGAUUGAAUUUAGUCGUUAAAGGAAUUAUUUCUUACUUUUCAUUUUGAUUAGUUUUUGGAUUACAAUAAAAAAAUGUCUGUAAGUU